AUGGCUCCAGUGCUGCGCAGCCCCUUUAAAAAGAUGCUUCGGCAGCAGGAACGCCACAAUGGGAUGAAAUCAAACGACCACAAAAAUCUUCUGUGGCCUGGGCUUAUUAACGUCCUCUUGCGGGGCUCUUGGUUGGGCCCAGGGGGAGCCGCCACCAUUGCAUCCAACGAGUGGAGCGCCAACGGCAGCCCAGAGGAGAGCCGCGAUGAUGCGGCUGAUGGGCUGGAGAAGGCGCUGGACGGGGACGCCGAGGGCGUGUGGAGCCCCGACAUCGAGCAGAGCUUCCAGGAGGCGCUCGCCAUCUACCCUCCCUGUGGGCGCAGGAAAAUCAUCCUUUCCGAUGAGGGAAAGAUGUAUGGUCGCAAUGAGCUGAUAGCAAGAUACAUUAAACUGCGUACUGGAAAGACACGUACAAGGAAGCAGGUCUCUAGCCAUUUGCAGGUUCUUGCGCGGAGAAAGUCACGCGAGAUUCAGUCAAAGCUGAAGGCAAUGAACUUGGAUCAAGCUUCCAAAGACAAGGCCCUGCAAAGCAUGGCUGCUCUGUCCUCGGCUCAGAUCGUCUCGGCGAGUGUGAUGAAGAGCCAGCUGAGCCACAUGUCCCAGCCCACUUACGCCCAUCCUCCCCGGUUUUGGCCCGGCCCCAUCCCAGGACAACCUGGGCCCUCUCAGGACAUCAAACCAUUCGUACAAAGCCCGUACCCCAGCCUACCACCCCCAGUGCCCACACCCAUAACUAGUUACGAGCCUUUGCCCACCCCACUCCCUCCGGCAGCGACAGCAGUACCAGUGUGGCAGGACCGGACCAUCGCCUCAUCUAAACUGCGUAUGCUUGAAUACUCUGCCUUCAUGGAGGUGCAGAGAGACCCUGACACAUACAGCAAACACCUUUUUGUCCACAUUGGGCAGACGAACCCCUCUUACAGUGACCCUCUCCUGGAGGCAGUGGACAUUCGGCAGAUAUAUGACAAGUUCCCCGAGAAGAAAGGAGGGCUGAAGGAGCUUUACGAGAAAGGACCACAGAACUCCUUCUUCCUUGUUAAGUUUUGGGCCGACCUUAACAGCAGUGGAAUCCAGGAUGGUCCCGGCUCCUUCUACGGUGUCAGCAGUCAGUACAGUAGCUCAGAGAACAUGACUAUCACAGUCUCCACAAAGGUCUGCUCCUUUGGCAAACAAGUGGUGGAAAAAGUUGAGACAGAGUAUGCUCGUAUGGAGGGUGGCAGGUAUCUGUACCGGAUCCACCGCUCGCCCAUGUGUGAGUACAUGAUCAACUUCAUCCAUAAGCUGAGACACCUGCCUGAGAAGUAC